AGUGCCAUUGACAUCCUGGGCUUCAGUGCUGAUGAAAAGACAGCCAUCUACAAGCUGACAGGGGCUGUCAUGCACUAUGGGAAUCUGAAGUUCAAGCAGAAACAACGAGAGGAGCAGGCAGAGCCGGAUGGCACAGAAGUGGCUGACAAGGCUGCCUAUCUGAUGGGCCUGAACUCAGCUGAAUUGCUCAAAGCCCUGUGUUAUCCUCGAGUCAAGGUUGGGAAUGAAUAUGUAACCAAGGGUCAAACUGUGUCACAGGUGAACAAUUCAGUGGGUGCUCUUGCAAAAGCUGUCUUUGAGAAGAUGUUCUUGUGGAUGGUUAUUCGCAUCAACCAACAGCUGGAUACCAAGCAACCAAGACAGUACUUCAUUGGUGUCCUGGACAUCGCUGGCUUCGAGAUCUUUGAUUUCAACAGCUUUGAACAGCUGUGCAUCAACUUCACCAAUGAGAAACUGCAACAGUUCUUCAACCACCACAUGUUCGUGCUGGAGCAAGAGGAGUACAAGAAGGAAGGGAUUGAGGGGGAGUUCAUUGACUUUGGGAUGGACCUGGCUGCCUGCAUUGAGCUUAUUGAGAAGCCCAUGGGCAUCUUCUCCAUCCUGGAAGAGGAGUGCAUGUUUCCCAAGGCAACUGACACCUCUUUCAAGAACAAGCUCUAUGACCAGCACUUGGGAAAGUCCAACAACUUCCAGAAGCCCAAGCCUGCCAAAGGCAAGGCUGAGGCCCACUUCUCCCUGGUGCACUAUGCUGGCACAGUGGACUACAACAUCUCUGGCUGGCUUGAGAAGAACAAAGACCCCCUGAAUGAAACUGUCAUUGGGUUGUACCAGAAAUCAUCCCUGAAGACAUUGGCCUUACUCUUUGCCACCUAUGGUGGUGAAGCAGAUGCUAGUGGUGGUGGUGGCAAGAAAGGGGGCAAGAAGAAGGGUUCUUCUUUCCAGACUGUCUCAGCUCUUUUCCGAGAGAAUUUAAACAAGCUGAUGGCUAACCUGAGAAGCACUCAUCCCCAUUUUGUACGAUGCAUCAUCCCAAAUGAAACAAAAACACCAGGUGCCAUGGAGCAUGAGCUGGUGCUGCAUCAGCUGCGAUGCAAUGGUGUGCUGGAAGGGAUCAGAAUUUGCAGGAAAGGGUUCCCCAGCAGAGUCUUGUAUGCUGACUUCAAACAAAGAUACAGAGUUCUUAAUGCAAGUGCUAUCCCAGAAGGACAGUUCAUGGACAGCAAGAAGGCUUCAGAAAAGCUCCUUGGUUCCAUUGAUGUGGAUCACACACAAUACAGAUUUGGUCACACCAAGGUGUUCUUCAAAGCUGGGCUGCUGGGACUCCUGGAGGAGAUGAGGGAUGACAAGCUGGCAGAAAUCAUCACUCGCACACAGGCCAGGUGCAGGGGCUUCCUCAUGAGAGUGGAGUAUCGGAGAAUGGUGGAAAGGAGGGAAUCCAUUUUCUGCAUCCAGUACAAUGUUCGGUCCUUCAUGAAUGUGAAGCACUGGCCCUGGAUGAAGCUGUUCUUCAAGAUCAAGCCCUUGCUGAAGAGUGCAGAGUCUGAGAAGGAGAUGGCCAACAUGAAGGAAGAGUUUGAGAAAACCAAGGAAGAACUUGCAAAGUCUGAGGCAAAGAGGAAGGAGCUGGAGGAGAAAAUGGUGGCUCUGCUGCAGGAGAAAAAUGAUCUGCAGCUCCAAGUACAGGCAGAAGCAGAUAGCUUGGCUGAUGCUGAGGAAAGGUGUGACCAGCUCAUCAAAAACAAAAUCCAGUUGGAAGCCAAAAUUAAGGAGGUGACUGAAAGGGCUGAAGAUGAGGAAGAAAUUAAUGCCGAGCUGACAGCCAAGAAGAGAAAACUGGAGGAUGAAUGUUCAGAGCUGAAGAAAGAUAUUGAUGACCUGGAGCUAACAUUGGCCAAGGUUGAAAAGGAAAAGCAUGCCACCGAAAACAAGGUGAAAAACCUC